AUGUCCUUCACCACCCUCGGCAAACACUCCUCCUCCACCUCCCCAACCUCAACCUGGGACAUCAUCGUCAUCGGCUCCGGCUCCAACGGCCUCGUGACAGCCGCCUACCUCGCCGCGGCCGGCAAACGCGUGCUGGUGCUCGAACGCCAAUCCUGGCCGGGCGGCGGCGUGGCGUCGCUCGAAAUGGCCGACGCGGGGUACAAGAGCGAGCGGCACAGCGCCAUCCACCAGAUGAUCCUGGCGAACCCGCUGAUCUCGCGCGACGAGCUGGGCCUGCAGGCGAAGUGGGGCCUCGAGUACCUGCGGCCCGACGCGCUGUACGCCAUCGUUUUCGAGGACGGCGUGCUGCCGAUCUACCAGGACCGCGCCAGGACGAAGAAGGAGAUAGCGAGGCUGAGUGCGGCGGACGCGGAGGCGUACGAUCGGUUUAUGGAUGUGGCGGUGGGCGUCGUCGAUGCGAUCAUGCCGGGCAUGUUCGAGCCUCCGCAGGCUAACGUCGACAUGUCUGCUGCGUUCGCGAGCGCCGGGCCCGACGUCGCGGCCGCCAUGGCGGCCGCGAGCACUGAGAGCUCGUUGGACAUCAUCACCCGCUACUUCAAGCACGAAACAGUCCAAGUCGCUCUGCUCCGCUUCGUCACCGAAAUCCAGCUCGCGCACCCGAGGAACCCCGACUCCGGCCUCAUGACGUACCUGGGUCUCGGGCUGGCGGAGCGCUUCGGCCUCGCGCUGCCGCGCGGCGGCGGGACGGGCUUCACGGAGGCCGUGAUCCGCUGCAUCCGCGCGCACGGCGGCGACGUGUGGCUCAACACCGAAGCCAUCAAGGUCGACGUCGAAAACGGCCGCGCCGUGGGAGUCCGCACGCGGUCGGGCAUCAUCCGCGCGCGCGACGGAGUCGUGGGGCAGAUCCAUCCGCACCUGCUGGGCCGCUUCGUCGACGGAUUGGACCCCAGCAUCGUGGCGGACGCGAAGCAGACGAAGCUGUCCGACUACACGCUGUUCGCCAUCCACGCGGCGCUGGACCAGCCGCUGCGCUACACGGCCGGCCCGAUCGCCGACGAGGCCAUCAUGAACACCGUGUGCCCCGGCAGCAUGAAGGAGCUGAUGGACGCCUACGACGGCAUCGAGGCCGGGCGGCUGCCCGACGAAGGCGCCGUCAUCGUCGGCGCGGGCUGCACGACGGCGCUGGACCCGACGCGCGCGCCGGCGGGCAAGUCGACGCUGCACGUCGUCGCCAUGGUCAAGCACAAUCUGGCGUCGGCCGAGUCGCACGGCGGCGCUGAGCAGGCUUGGGAUGCUGUCAAGGAUGACUUCGCGCACCGCGUUUUCCGCCACCUCGCGCGCUUCGCGCCGAACCUGACGCCGGACAACAUCUUGAGUUACCAUGUUGUUGCGCCGACGGACCACGUGCGCGACAGCCCGAGCUUCCAGCGCGGUGAUAUUUGCGGCUUGGCCAUGUCGCCGGCGCAGAUGGGCGCCGCGAGGCCGACGCCGGCGUUGGCGCGGUACCGUGUGCCGGGUGUGGAGAGAUUGUAUUUGGCGGGGCCGUUUAUGCAUCCUGGCGGAGGCGUGUGGGGUGGUGGCAGGCCGACCGCGAAGGUGAUUUUUGAGGAUCUGGGGUUGGACUUUAAGGCACUCUUUGAGAAGGGUGACGCGGGAUCGAAGCUGUAG